AUGGCGUUCCUUCUCUCCAAGCUUAAGGUUCACAAAGGCACCCAACCAUUCAAAUCGUUGAUAUCCGUCGCUCAUAGAAGUAAAUCAAAUAUUGUGAUUGGUCAAAUUGAUGACGGAGUCCAUUCUUGGAAGCAGAUUCGAAUUGGCAUCGUCGGAGCACCUUUUCAUUUGGGCCAGCCUCACCAAGGAGUGGAAAAGGCUCCCGUUUAUAUUCGUAAAACCGGGGUUGCCGAAAAGCUCAAGGAAUUGGGACAUGAUGUCUAUGACUUUGGAGAUUUGGACCAUGAUGUGGUAGAAGAGGCCAUGACGACCUAUGGAGACUUUCCCAUCAACAAUAUGGAGUACAACAAGAGGCUCUCUGAGCGGGUGAAGAGUAUUCUACAAGAAAAUCGGUUUUGUCUCACUAUUGGAGGAGACCACUCGAUUGGGUUUGGAACUGUGUACGGACACCUCCAAGCUCAUCCCGAUGCUUGUGUAUUGUGGGUGGAUGCUCACGCUGAUAUCAAUACGCCUAACAUAUCGGAUUCCGGACACUGGCACGGGAUGCCAUUGAGCUUCCAACUGCGAGAAAUGGCCUCCGCUCUACCCAAAUUGCCCAAUACCGAAUGGUUUCAGCCGUUGUUAGACACUCAACGAAUGGCUUACAUUGGAUUACGAGAUGUGGAUCCUUUGGAGAGAACCAUCAUGGAUCGCCUUAAUGUCCCAUCAUAUUCCAUGCGAGAAAUUGAUCAGUUCGGCGUCAGAGACUGUUUAAAACAAGCUUUGGCUAAGAUUAAUCCCAACGGUGACCGUCCUCUUCACGUGAGUUUUGACAUCGACUCCUUGGACCCUUCAGAAGCUCCAUCUACAGGGACGCCAGUUCGAGGUGGUCUUUCUCUCCGUGAGGGCAUGACCAUCUUGGAAGACUGCUUUGAGACCGGUACCAUGAGAGCUCUAGAUUUGGUCGAGGUCAACGUCCAUCUGGGAAACUACGAGGAAGGCACUCGAACCUUGGACGCCGCCAAGAGCCUGAUUCUGGCUGCUAUGGGCAACUAUCGUGGUGGACGAACACCUCUUCCAGCCAUUCUCAAAGAUCUGGAACAUAAACUGCCCCCCAAACCAGUCCAGAAAUGAGGAAAGAAUUGUGAAUUAUACGCUUUUAGAACAAA